UCUUCAUUGGCAAAUCAAAACUAAAUAUUCUUGUAAAAAAUGGCUUUGGCUAAUGCACAAACAUUUCUAUUUCUUGUAGUGUUUUCUUUCAUGUUUGUCCUUAGUAUGGCCAACUUUAACUACACUUGGGCAGGAGGGAAGUGGAACAAAACCAAUUGCCCCUAUGGUAAUUAUCACCCAAAUGCUACUCAAACCUCAAAUAAAUUCAACGUUGGUGGUUCUGAAAAUUGGCAUUAUGGCUUCGACUACAUGGAUUGGGCUCACAAGAGUGGCCCUUUCUUUGUCAAUGACACAUUAGGAUCCACCAAAUUUGAAUGGAGGAUUUCCACACAGUGUAUACUUAUUACCAAACUACUGGAGCUUCAUCAAGUGCGACUUGAGAAGAGCUAAGAGGAUAGCAAAUCCGAUCCAGGGUGCAGGGGAAGGAUUCGAGUUUGUGUUGAAGAAAUCACAACCUUAUUUUUUUGCUUGUGGAGAGCAUGGGGGCAUACAUUGCAACAAUGGUACCAUGAAGUUUGUUGUCAUGCCACUCAAACGUUGGCCUUUCUGAAUUGUUAAAAUUAGAUUUUAUGUUUUGAACAAAUAAUGAGUACUGUUAUACUUAGUU